UUCUGUCAGUUGGUUAGCCCCGCAAUAGCAGUCGCUGCCGGGAGCCGCACGGACCAGGCCGGCUGUGCUUCUCUCCGGCUUCUUUAUUUCCCCAGCGGCUUCGGCAGGGGAGGUCGUCUUGGCCUCAGAGUCUUUCUGCAAGUUCCCCUUCCCGUUUCCUCUGCCAAUGUCAUGGACUCGCCUCCGAUGCUGCACUCGGUGAAGCUCUACGUGUACGACCUGUCCAAGGGCAUGGCUCGCCGCCUCAGCCCUAUCAUGCUCGGUAAGCAGCUAGAUGGCAUCUGGCACACCUCCAUAGUGGUCCACAGGGAUGAAUUCUUCUAUGGUAGUGGGGGAAUUUCAAGCUGUCCACCUGGUGGAACACUACUUGGGCCUCCAGAUUCUAUUGUAGAUCUGGGAUGUACUGAAGUUUCAGAAGAGCUCUUCUUGGAAUACUUGUCCUCACUGGGGGAAUCUAUAUUCCGUGGAGAGUCCUAUAAUCUUUUUGAUCAUAACUGUAAUACGUUCAGCAAUGAAGUGGCACAAUUCUUGACAGGGAGAAAGAUCCCCUCCUACAUUACAGAUCUUCCAUCUGAAGUCCUUGCAACACCAUUUGGACAAGCACUACGACCACUUCUUGACUCCAUCCAGAUCCAGCCACCUGGAGGAAAUACUUUUAGCAGACAUAAUGGACAGAGCUAGCAGACACAGUGAAAAAUGUCUCAACUCACAAGGGCAUUUCCUCUAAAAACUCCACUGUAUUAGAUUCCUGUCUUAUAAAUUCAUGCCAGGGUUCAAAAGUGGCAUUUCAGACUUUAUAGGGAGAAUAUUUAUUGAAUUGCAUGUCAUGUGGUGCUACCAGAAAAAUAUGGUCAUAAAAUCAAAUAGUGUAUUUACUUAUUAAAGCUGUUUUUGUCUUGGUUCACUUUUUUACUAUUCCCUGCUGAGGAAGUGGAGAUAAGGAAAUCCACUUGCAUAGUUUAAAAUAACAGGGACACCUAAGCCAUCCCUUCUCAGACUUACUUAUUUUCAUUACCUUUGUUACGGUAUUUGUGUAACCUGAAAGUGUGAAUUUAACAAUAUUAAAUAACAAUAAGCCUGAACAUGCUUUUAACUUUUUGUAAGAGAAAAAAAACUAAAAAUAUUCACUGUGAAAUUAUUUUGAGAAAUACUUCUUAAAUAGAAAAUAUAAGCCAGUUCUGCAAUAGAAGUAAAUGUAUGCAGUAAUAGAUUUCUAAGUUUGGAUGGGUGAUGCCAAAAAAAAAUUUUGCUUGUCUUGAAAAUCAGAUCUUUCCAGUACCAGAAAGAAUAGCCCUUAACCCUUACACUAUAUUAAUCCUUUGUAUGUUAAAAAAAAGUACUAUGGGUAGAAAUAAGGUCUUACUGUAAGCAGUGACACCAUAUUGUAAGGAAGGCAACUAAAUGAAUUUGACUAAUACAACAAAUAACUUAUAUCAUUAUUUUCACAAGAUGACAAGACUUAUACAAUAGACAAAUUUCAGAUAAGAGUGUAGAUUAGUAAUGUAUAAUUCUGGAAGUAUAUCCAAAAUCAAUUUUAAGACCUACUAUUUUAAGUCUGACAUUUAAAUCUAUAAAUAUAGUUAGAUUGGCUAUGUCCAUUCCCAUAAACUCCCUCUUCUCCAUAUGCCAACAUCCAGUUUGAAUCAGGAGUAUCUUGUAGCUGUUUUUUUAAAACAAACAGAAAUUGGCUAUUUAGCCACAUUUUGGACCCACUUCACUUUUCCCUACAAAUACUUGUAAUAGAACACUUGGGUCAGCUAUUUAGGAGCAAACAAUUAGGAUAUGCUCUUCCUCCUUCUCUCUACUGAGCUUGAUUAAGAAAGCAUUACAUGGCAAUGACAGCUGCUGAGAAUAUUCUGCUUACACACACACACACACAAACACAAACCUUUCCCUCAAAUUCAGGCUACGCCAUUAUAUCAGAUUUUCAUUAAUUAAAUUGGAUUUUUUUCAAGCACUAGGAGAUCUGUGACCUUUUCCUUUGAGAGGCUAUUAAUUUGUCUUCAUGUUCUGCUAAUGCUUGAGAAGAACAUAAGAAAAUCUGCUAAUACUGUACUCAGAGAUAUAUUCACUUGUACCAUUACAUACUGUAUUAAAAUACAAACCUAAUUAACCAGAUUGUAGUCUAAAGAUAUUUUGUCCAUUUUUUAGAUGAACUGUCCCCUAUCUGGUCUUACUGUAGAUAUGAUGGAUCAGAAGCCCCAUUAUCUCUAAACAUUACAGGACUGCUUGCUGGGAUUUGUAGCCCAAAGAUACUGGUGGAUGCUGGAUGAGAAAAGCUGUGUAAGGUUGAGGCUCAGAAAAAAUUCCAGCUAGGGAAAACUGGAGUUAUCCUUCUUUAUGACCAAUAGAAAGGACUAGGUGAAUAGAAUGGCAGAGAAAUGAGAUAGGAUGCUUCAUUGAUCGCAUGCUUUUGAAAUGCCUCAGAACUUUUGUGCUGAAUUUUCAGAUUGCAAUCUGGUAACAAAGUAUUUUUCUAUUACAGAAAUAUAUUAUACCUAUAUUGAUUAUUGCAACAAUGUAAGAGUUGGAGUGACAGUGAAUCUGGUUCUGAAUGUUCUUUCAAUAGGACAUAUUGUACCUGCUUUUAGAACUACCAUCUCUUCUCUAUCACAAUCAUUUUGGAUGCAUGGUAGGGGAGAAGGACUGCAGGUAUAAGAUAUAAACCUUUCUAAAAAUUUACUCCAUCACAUAGCGGAAGCACCAACUGAUUUCUUAAACAGUAACUUGACUUCUUAAAAGCUACAUCCAAAACACACAUACUUCCCUGUGAGCUCCAAGAAGUCAUGCUUUCUAGUAAGCUAGUUUUGGAUUGUAGUUUUAAUAAUGGUAAUUGUUUGUUUUUCUUGUGUGUAAAUGCUUCUGAUAAUUCCUUCUGUCAAUUUUUUAAUAUACAUUUCUCCAUUUAACUAGAGCAGCUGAGCAUGUGGAGAAAUGGAGAAAGUCCUGGUAUUUAUUUGAACAUCUUUUUGGAACUUUCCUUCCCAUAACUUUAGGAAAUGCAAUGUAAAUUCACGUUUACUCAGAAAUAAGUACCACUUUUUCCUACAGGAUUUAUUCACAAGCAAGUUUGCAACCUUAGGUGUCUUCACUAGAAUUAAAAGGAAAUUUAUACUUGUUGCAUGAUUGAUCCUGUUGUCCUCCCUGCUGCUUCCAGUAAAGAAAUGACUCUUUUGCUGUUCUGUAAUACAGUGUAGGCUCUAUUUUCAGAGAAGUGUAAUAUUUAGAGCUUCACUGAAUAGAGUCCUCAAAGAAGCUGCAUUUCAACACUGGCUCUCAAUUCUAGGAGAUGAAAGAAUUGUAUGCUGUAACCCCCUCCAAUUGACACUGCUGACUAAGGGCAGUCCAUAGACAAUAGGCCUGCUUUAUAAUUGUUGAAAAAUAUAGCUGCAUUCAUAUCCAGCAUUUUCCCCCAUCCCUUAUAUUUAUAAGUCUAUAUAAAGUAUGCAACAUAUGUACAUGUAUUUAAAUUGAUACUCUUCUAACCUGUCAAUGGGCAUGGAAAGCUGAGCGGCCUGUGUACGACAGCAGAGGUCUGGCUUAAUAAACAGGUCUGCCAUUUCCAGGAAUUCCUUAUUGUUCUUGUUUUAUAAUUAAAAUAAAGCCUUUGUCAGAACCCA